CUGGACACCUGUAUGGACCGCUGCCUCGUGACGGAUCACACGUGCUCCGGUUUGGGAAUCGCACGUCAUUAAACUGCGACGUUGUUUACUACAGCGUGUAGUCAUAAUAAGAAACACUCGACGUUACAGGUCGUGUAGCUCUGUGUGCUGAAUGGAUGCUUUCAUUGCAGACUGCUGAUUGCAUAGGAGAAAGAAAGAAAGAAAGAGAGAGAGAGAGAGAGAGAGAGAGUGCACAUGGAGAUCUGGAACACCAUCCUCCUGUUGCUGUUCCUCUGCAUGUGGAUCCUCAUGCAGACUCAAGCGUACAAGAAUGAGUGCAGUGUUACGCUGAGAAAAGCAGACUGUAGCCACAUGAACCUGAAAACCAUCCCUCAGUACCUGCCCGAGGACAUCAGAACCUUGGAUGUGUCCCAUAACCGUCUGGUCGAGCUGAAGCCCUCAUCUCUGACUCGAUACCAAAGUCUGGAGCAGCUUGAUGUCAGCUACAACAGCCUGAAAGGGGUACCAGCAGGUUUGUGCCAGGCCGUGCCCGAGCUGUGGAGGCUCAUCUUACGUCACAAUGAAGUGCACCUGCUGCAAGUGCAAGACGUGAGGAACUGCACACGCCUCACACACCUGGACCUGUCUGAUAACAGGCUUAGACUGAAUGGAGAUCCAUUCUCAGGGACAGAGAAUCUGGCCUGGCUGGAUGUGUCCCGAAACAAACUGACCACCGCUUGCCUGGGGUCACGACCCCAGCUUCCCAGCUUGGAGACCUUGAUCCUUACGGGCAACGACAUCACAGAGCUGAAGAAAGACGACUUUUAUUUUCUCAGCCAGUCCUUGUCGUUUCGGACGCUGUCUCUUUCUUCUCUGCCUCUGAAGAAGGUGGACCAUGGCUGCUUCAAGCCCAUUGCUCAGUUACAAGACCUGGUGCUAGAUGGUUGUAAGCUCAACCCUACCUUCAUGUCCACACUUUGUAAGGAACUGACUGACACCUCUUUAAGAAACCUGUCUGUCCAAGAUACACAGCAGGUCGUGCUGAAAAACAGCACCUUCAUGGGCCUAGCCAAGACUAACCUCACUAUUCUGGAUCUCUCCAACAACAAAAUGAAUCAAAUCAGUGACGGAGCCUUUCAGUGGUUUCCCAUGCUGGAGUACCUCUCUUUAGAGUACAACAACUUAAAACAUUUAACCAACGGUACCUUCUUGGGGCUGAAAAGUCUAAAGAAACUCAACCUACAGUUGGCGCUAGUUAAAGGUCAUGCAUCUGCUUUGCCGGUCAUAGACGACUUCUCUUUCCAGCCACUGGUCCAGCUAGAAUAUCUGUACAUGGAGAGGACAGCAUUUAGGGAGAUCACUGAGAAUAUAUUUGAUGGACUUCUGUGCCUUAGAGAGCUGAAUCUGGGUUGGAGCAGCACAGGGCUAAAGAUAAUCAGCAACACCACCUUUGCCUCCUUGCAAGGAUCUCCACUCCUUCAGACACUCAAUCUUACAGGUAUGGGCAUUAAAGGCCUUGGACCAGGAGCUUUUUCAAGCUUGGGAAACCUCAAGACUCUUGUGCUCAGUCACAACUUCAUCAACCAGAAUCUGACAGGGAAAGAGUUUGAGGGUCUUAACAGUAUCAAGGAACUUCAUUUAUCCUUCAACCAGCAGAUGAUCACUUUAACGUCUACAGCUUUCCUCCAUGUUCCCACAUUGAGGACUCUGAUGCUUGGGCAUGCACUAAGCCCUAAUUUGGAUGUGGAACCUUCUCCGUUUCGACCACUUGUGAACCUGAUGAUGCUGGAUCUCAGUAAUAACAACAUUGCAAACAUCAGAAACGGCUUGCUCGAGGGACUACACCAUCUUAGUGUGCUGAAACUGCAGCACAAUAAUUUGGCCAGGGUGUGGAAAAAUGCUAAUCCUGGGGGUCCAAUGCUAUUUCUGUCCGAUGCUCAGAACCUUACUGUUCUUCAGUUGGACUACAAUGGUCUUGAUGAGAUUCCAAGAAUGGCCUUCCAAGGCCUCUCACAGCUAAAAUACCUCAGUAUUAGUGGGAAUCUCUUGAAUUUUCUGCACGACUCAAUUUUUGAUGACUUGCGCUCUUUGCGCGUCCUGUGGCUGCAGAAAAAUCUCUUGACCUCAGUGCGGCGGGAGACGUUCAGGGUGCCACUGUCCAACCUGACCGAGCUAAUCAUGGACCAUAAUCCCUUUGAUUGCACCUGUGAGAGCAUGCUAUGGUUCCACACAUGGCUCAAUACCACCAACACCAGUGUACCAGACCGUGACAAAAGCUACAUCUGCAACACCCCAUCCAUGUACUUCAACCGUUCUGUGAUGGACUUCAACCCAGAAUCUUGUAAGGACAUAGUACCCUUUAAGGCUGCGUAUAUAAUCACCAGUACCUUAGUACUAGGUCUGAUGGCUAUAGCCUUCCUGGUUCACUACCAAGGCUGGAGGAUUAAUUUCUACUGGAAUAUUGUAGUCAAUCGGACCCUAGAUAUAAAUGACUCCCGUUACAGAAGGGUGACAGAAUGCAGAUAUGUAUAUAAAGCCUACAUUGUCCAUGCUCAAAAGGAUAAGCUUUGGGUUGAACGAAGCUUGCUUCCUUUGGAAGACAAGGAUUUCAAAUUCUUUUUGGAGGACCGGGAUGCAAUGCCAGGCUGUUCAACAUUAGAGACCAUUGUGGACAACAUGAGGAUGUCCCGGAAAGUGGUUUUUGUUGUCACAGAGGCACUUUUGAAUGAUCCCUGGUGUAGAAAGUUUAAAGCACAUCAAGCCCUUCACCAGGUAAUGGAAGAAAAUCGAGACUCGCUGGUUCUUAUUUUCUUGGAGGAUGUUGCAGAUUACCUCCUGACUCAGUCGCUCUUGUUGCGCAAAGGCAUGCUAAAACGUCGCUGCAUGGUCCAUUGGCCUCUGCAAAAAGAACGCAUCCCUGCAUUUCGCCAGAAACUACAGCUAGCAUUGGCUUCAAGCAACCGAGUCAGCUAACGCUUUCUAUCGAGGCAGAACUUGGAUGAAGCGUUUUACUGUUUAUAGCAGACACCAAUAGCAAAACAAGUUUCAAGAAAGACUCGCAGUUAAAGUUAUUUACCUUUUCUGUGCCUUUUUGUAUGUCUGAAAAUAUAAUACAGCGGCUUUUAAGCUAGCAGGGAAGAGUAAGCUAAUAUUUACAAAUUAACCAAAGGAAGCUAAUGCUUACUGUACUGUAUAUGGGGUAAGGGUGAGGCUACAGGUCACUAAAUGCACUUAGCCUGUAGCGCUUGGAAACUUUUACUCAGACUUUUCUGUUUGUUUGUUCUUCAUAAUGAAUUUUUCAACUAAAGCAGAGACUCACUUUUUGACCAAAGCCUCAAAGGGAGUUAAUAUAAACUUGAAUUUAAGGAAUAUUUUAGAAAUUUAGGAAUAUUUUAAAUUUAAGGAAUUUUUAGUAGUUUUUUAUUUUUAAAAACAUGAAAUUAGAGUACAAUUUGGUUAAAUUGGUUUAAGAGGUCCAAUUGCUAGUUUUUAUUUUUAGUACUGCUUUGCCAUUGUAUAAUCACAACCUAACAAAAAAAUUCAACCAAUAAAAUUAAUGCAUCCAUUGUUCA